AUGCACGAAAUUGUCAGCAUUCACAUUGGCCAGGGAGGAGUCCAGACAGGCAACGCCUGUUGGGAGCUCUAUUGCCUAGAGCACGGAAUUCAACCCGAUGGACAAAUGCCUAGCGACAAGACCAUCGGAGGCGGCGAUGACUCAUUCACGACCUUUUUCCUCGAAACCGGGGCCGGUAAACACGUUCCAAGGACAGUCAUGGUUGAUUUGGAGCCAACUGUCAUUGAUGAGGUACGGACCGGCACCUAUCGACAAUUGUUCCACCCAGAUCAGCUUAUGACCGGGAAGGAGGAUGCCGCCAACAAUUACGCCCGAGGCCACUACACCGUUGGCAAAGAAAUUGUCGACCUAGUUCUUGAUCGCAUCAGAAAAUUGGCAGACCAGUGCACGGGAAUGCAGGGUUUUAUCGUAUUCCACUCUUUUGGCGGUGGUACUGGCUCAGGUUUCACUUCACUACUCCUGGAACGACUCAGUGUCGACUACGGCAAGAAAUCCAAGCUCGAGUACGCCAUAUAUCCUGCACCUCAAAUCGCCACAGCUGUUGUCGAGCCAUACAAUGCCAUACUCUGCACGCAUUCCACAAUCGAGCACACUGACUGCGCUUUCAUGGUCGACAACGAAGCCCUCUUCGACAUCUGCAGGCGAAACCUCGACAUCGAAAGGCCAACCUACACCAAUUUGAACCGCUUAGCUGCACAGAUCAUCAGUUCGACGACAGCAUCACUGCGUUUCGACGGCGCCCUGAACGUCGAUCUGACCGAAUUCCAAACGAACCUAGUUCCAUACCCUAGAAUCCACUUCCCCUUAGUUACCUACGCACCGACAGUAUCAGCAGAAAAGGCCUACCACGAACGCCUCAGCGUCGCCGAAUUAACCAACAGCACUUUCGAACCAGCCAACCAAAUGGUUAAGUGCGACCCACGCCAUGGCAAGUACAUGUCUUGUUGCAUGCUAUAUCGAGGCGAUGUUGCCCCCAAGGACGUCAACGCCGCGAUUUCGACGAUCAAAACUAAGAGGACCAUCCAGUUCGUUGACUGGUGUCCAACGGGUUUCAAGAUCGGAAUUAACUAUCAGCCGCCCACCGUGGUGCCUGGAGGCGACCUCGCCAAAGUCCAGAGAGCCCUCUGCAUGAUCAGCAACACGACAGCAAUCGCAGAGGCCUGGGCGCGCCUUGACCACAAGUUCGACCUGAUGUACGCGAAGCGCUGCUUCGUUCAUUGGUACGUCGGUGAGGGUAUGGAGGAGGGCGAGUUCUCGGAGGCGCGAGAGGACUUGGCAGCCCUGGAAAAGGACUACGACGAGGUCGGAGCCGACACCGUGGAAGGAGAAGGAGAGGAAGAAGAAGAAUACUAG